UCCUAUGAUUUACAAGAUGAUGACCCUGGACUUGGACCCAAGACUGAAGAGACAGUUGGAGAUCUUUUUGGUGCAACUAUCCAACAGCCACGUAGGAUUUUCUGCCAGAGGGUAUUUUCAUAUUAACAACGAAAUGAUAACAUCGAUUGUUGGAAUGGUGACCACAUAUCUUGUAGUGCUGAUACAGUUCCAUACUGCGGUCUCGUCUACCCAGCACUGAAGUAUUCAUUGGAUUCUGCUUCACAUACUAAUGAAUAUUUGAAAUAGAUGUCCAGCUUGCAAGUAAAUACUACAUUAUCUUA